AUGGUCAAGGUGUUUCAUUAUCAGUCUGCAAGGCCUGUGAAAGAAAUCGAUUAUUCGGAGGAUUCUGAAAUAUCUUUUACAAGGCUUCCUUACCAGCUGUGGAAUGUUAGCAAAUAUGGGCCAUGCUCUGAUGCUGCUAUUAUCGGUGUCGUGCCCCCACCUCUUAUGGAAAUCCAGCUGCUUUUAUUGUUGGACAGUCCAAUCAACACUCAACAUUACUAUUGUGCAGUAACUAUUGGAUAUGAUGCCGUAAUUUCAGCAUUUAGCUUCUACUGUUCUACAGUUUCCGCAUUGUCCACCUUAAUUGAUCUUUUGUUUCAUAUUUCAAGACUUUCAGAGGACAAGAGCAGAUCACUAGUAGGAGCUAUUCUGUCCAAAGUUGUACCUGCAACAUUUUCGACACUAGCUUCAUUUUCAAAAUUGAUAUGGCAUAGUGAACAAAAGCCAACAAAAAACCCAGAAGUGAACACUCAACCAUUUGCUCGAGCCUUUCCAUGGAGUCGUAGAGGGCGCGAUGCUGCUGGAAGAGGAGGAGCAAAUGCAUGA